AACAUUAACAGAUAUAACCUAAAAAGAUAUUUUUCAAUUUUACAAAUAAUAUUUAAUUUUUAAAAACAAGUUAACAGGAAAAGCGAUUGAUAAAUAAAAGAAAUAAUCGCUUGGCACUUGUUUCACGUACGACUAUAAAAAAAAUAUUCAUGUGAUUUUAGCAGUCCUAUUUAUUAUUUCAGAAAUGAAUUGUUUACGUUUACUCAGAGCAACUAAUUACAAAUGCUUUAACAAAGCUUCGGUUAAGUUCUUAUCCCAGCAUCCUUUAAAAUUUAUGGAAGUCCAAGAGAAAUGGAAAGAAAAGGAUGGUGUUUCUCAGCAGUGGAAUCUAAUAUACAAGGCUCCUAUGGAACAAGUCCUUAACGUUGCAACAGCAUAUUUAACAGCUUCAACUGUUACGAUUACUGCAGGAGGCAUUUAUUACGCUGGAUUUGUGUUUGACAUAAACACAAUGUACGACCCAGUUCUACUUGGAGGUGAUGUAGUUAUUGCAAACAAUGCAUUUGAGUGCCUCAUAUACCUUGGAGCAUUUGUUCUGUUCAACACGGCUGUGAAAGUUGUAUUGUCAAAGUUUGUCAUACGCUUAUAUCAGGAUGGUGAUCAAUACCUAGCAAUCUUCAGAGGAAACUGGUACAACUCUAUUGUUAAACACGAGUUUCACUUGGACGAGUUUAAAAAGCUAAAUCCUACAUUUGUUGUAUCCUGGGGAGAUUCUAGGUUUAGCCUUGGAAAGAAGCAUGGCAUACUGCUGGAUCAGUAUUUUAAGACUCCUGAGUAUUAUAAUUAUUUAGUGUAUAAGAAGAAACCUGACACUUCUAGAGAAUAAUUGGUUUUGUUAAGACUUCAUAUAAAUUAGUUGUUGCUUAGUAAAUUAUGAAAUAUAUAAAAACACAUUGUUCU